UUGGGGUAUAUGUGUGUGUUCUGAGUGUGUGGGUAUGGGGCUGGUCGCGGGGAAAGCAGCCUUUAAAAGAGGCUGGAUCUGCUGCAGUGUAGUUUGGAUUCAAACCAGGAGUUACUGUGCGCCGCAGGGGGAAAAAUAAUUGGAUUUUCAUUUUGUUCAUGACUUUGACCGCUGCGCUCUUCCCGCAUCCAUGUGCAACCCGGAGAUCAUCCCGUACAUGUUGGAGUAAUCGCGGAGUUUGACAGCCACAAUCUUCGGUGGUGACGGUAGCGCACAGCCGGGCAGCCACCUCCGUGCGCCCGGAGCAAACGCGGCCACCAUGCUCUUCUCCUCGGAGAACUCCGGCAACAUCACGGCCAGAAACUGCACCGCGGAGUUCAACUUAACGCAGCAGCUGGAGACCGGUGCCGCCGCGGCUGCUGGGAACAUCAGCGGGAAGAGAAACGACACAGACCCGUUUGGACGGAACGAGGAGGUGGCCAAGAUCGAGAUCACCGUCCUGAGCCUCGCGUUUCUCGCCGCGGUGGUGGGGAACGUGAGCGUGCUGCUGGCCAUGCACAAAACCCGGCGGAAACUGUCGCGCAUGCACCUGUUCAUGAAGCACCUGAGCCUGGCGGAUCUGGUGGUCGCGUUCUUCCAGGUUCUGCCGCAGCUCUGCUGGGAGAUCACCUACCGCUUCUACGGGCCGGACUUUCUGUGCCGCAUUGUGAAGCACCUGCAGGUGCUGGGCAUGUUCGCUUCCCCCUACAUGAUGGUGAUGAUGACCCUUGACCGCUACAUCGCCAUCUGCCACCCGCUGCAGACGCUCCAGCAGCCAACGCAGCGCGCGCACAUUAUGAUCGGCUCCACCUGGGCGUGCAGCCUGGUCCUCAGCAUCCCGCAAUACUUCAUUUUCUCCUUAAGCGAGGUGCACCCCGACUCGGCCGUCUACGACUGCUGGGCACACUUCAUGGAGCCGUGGGGGUUGCGCGCUUACAUCACCUGGAUCACGGCCGGGAUCUUCCUCGUGCCUGUGAUCGUGCUGGUCUUCUGCUAUGGAUUAAUCUGCCGCACUAUCUGGAAGAACCUCAAAUGUAAGACUCAGAGGAAGAGCACUGGCGCGGUGGCAGAGGCCAAAGAUAGUGGGGUCCUGGGCAGGAACUCGGUCAGCAGCGUGAGCACCAUCUCCCGCGCCAAAUUACGCACGGUGAAGAUGACUUUUGUGAUCGUGCUGGCGUAUGUGGUGUGCUGGGCGCCUUUCUUCACAGUGCAGAUGUGGUCAGUGUGGGACCAGACCUUCUCCUGGGACGACUCUGAGAACGCCGCCGUGACGCUCUCCGCCCUGCUGGCCAGCCUCAACAGCUGCUGCAACCCCUGGAUCUACAUGAUCUUCAGCGGCAACCUCCUCUCUGACUUCGCCAGCAGCCUGCCGUGUUGCCGCCGGCUGAAGAACAGGUUCAGCCACCAGGAUUCGGACAGCAGCAUGCGCCGAACCACCCUGCUGUCCCGCCUGCAGGGUCCACGCCUUUCAGAGCCAUUCAGAGACCUUAACCCCACCACCAAAAACUGUCAGCAAUGCCCAUCUGCAUCCUGACCACCGGAAACACCAUCUGGAUGUGUGUCUUGUUCACGAAGACAGCACUGAAAACAUGAUCUGCUCUUAAUCUGCUGGUUUGUUGCAGCGAAGGAAGGUUUGACCCUCAUCUGAGGGUGCAGUCACACCCACAAUUUGUUUUCUUUGGUCCGAUCCAGAGUGGGAAAGUUUACUCUGUGGCAAUUUUAGGUGUUGGUUUGUUUAGGUUCACAUGGCUUUGAGGAAAAAAGAGUUUAAAAUAAGUCUUUUUAGUCUGCCAGGUUGGAGAUUUGGGGCAGUCACUUAAACUUUAGCUGUUAGCAUGCUGGUCUUGACUCUCUGCUGUAAUUUAAUUUCUUUAGUGUAACAUAUUAAAAAAAUGCCUGUAUACUUAUAAACCCGGGCCCUAUGGGAGUGUUUCCUGUAGAUUUUGAGAUUAGUCAGUGAGUGAACUUUUGAAAAACUAAGCUAACUUCAGAUAAAAAGAUAAGUGUGUGGUAUGUGAAGAGUUUUUCUAAGCUUUUCACUUCAUCUAAACUAUCCAUAUAUUUCCUCAAAAACACAUGCACAUAAAUGUAUUUCCAGCACAGAGUCACUGCACUUUUGAAAGGUACAGACUAAAUUUAAUAUCAAUUAAUCUGCCAGUUAUUUCCUCAGUUUUUUAUUAAUCACGUUGCCUGUAAAAUGUCAGCAAAUUGUGAAAAGUACCAACAUGUCCUCAGACCUUAACGACAUGUAUGAUCGUUAGAAAGUACGACUCCAGAGACAGGCGUGCCGAACGGACAUGAGUCACGCUAUGUUAAAUAUGUUGUGAAACUGUCUCAGUUUGGUUACUUUUAGGCAACAAAACUUCUUGGUUAACCACCAAAGUAAUGUCACCUAUGUAAGUUUAACUUGACUCAUUCUCCUGUGUGAAAGUCUUUUGUGUGUUUGACUCAUCCAUCCACACCCUUCCACAAACUUCCUGGCUCUUUAUACUACAUCACCUAACUUAAUUUACUCCAGUCAUACUUACCACGGCCACUAGAAGUCGAAGCCUAAUGAGAAAACCUAAAUGUGGGUCGUAACAAGCUGCUUGAACAAUCGACCUGUACGGCCGUUCUUGUGGUGAGGACGGGCUAAAAAAAAAAGCACUUUUUCAAUAAUCCAGUUUACAUAUUAAAGUCGUUUGUUGUGUCCGACCAUCAGUCCAAACCCCAAAGAUUUGAGGAGCUGGAGCCGGCGAAUUUCUAUUAAAAAAAACCUAUAAAAAAUGUUAUUUAAUCCUGUAUUUGUUUCAGCUCCAGAGGUCUGAAGGUCCAUUGUGAUUGUGCCUUUCUUUAACACAAUCUCUUCUGUGCCAUGUUAUAUUUUGUAGUUUAUAAUUUAAAAGUCCCGAACUGUAACUCUUUUUACAGUCAUAUAAAAGUUAAUGUGAGCUUAUUCACUUGUACAUUAUCAUAAGUCAAUAGAGGAGAGUGAUAAAGAUAAAGAAUUUAAUGUUCAAUGUAUGUUGAUGAUAUUUAAAAUUGCACUUUGUUUAAUAUAAAUAACAUUAACCCUGUGAAUUGAAAUUGAAACCUGGUUAAUUGUCUUUAUGAUUGCACACAAACACACACGCUGUCACACACAUGUGUUGCUUUGCAUUGGACUCCGUAAUGGGGUCUACAACAGCUUUGGCUCGUUUAGCUUCUUCAGAGAUUCCCAGAUGUUGUAAAGAUCGUUUUUAUCAAAGUAAUGUAUUCUGUUAUCUGUAUAUUGCUCGAUUAUACUAUAUUGCACAUGAAGUAAAGAACGAUAAAUGUUAUUCCUCGUAACCUCA